AUCGCGUCAUGAAAAACAUGGCGGAUUAGUGUGUGUGCAUGGGGUCCGCUACUUGCCAACCGUCGUCGAUAAAUGAAAGCUUAUUUCUCCUUGCAAACGACAUAUUUUCGAACAGGUCAAAAUGUUUCGCCGGUCAAGAUUUAGUAUUCGGCCUAAUGUUGUUACGGCAGGGAGAACAGCAGCAGCACCUCAGGAAGCCCCUUCAGCAAAUCAGGAGGCCAGUGAAACCCCCAAGGACGUCAGUGAGAGCAGCAGCAGCACUACUACUGCUGUGACAGAUAACAAGUCUGUUGUGACCCCAUCAGAAAAACCUGCAGCCCCAGGGGAUGGUAAUGACCAAAAUGGGGAAGGUACCAGCUCCUCAGCAGCAGUCCAGAGAAGGAAGCGUUUUUCCAUCAAGCCUAAAGUGGCCCCAGGUCGGCCCUCCACCCUUGCUCGGACGCCGAAAUCCCCUCUCAAGGCAGUCUCUGAAACUCCUAUUGAAAUCCCUGUCUCAGACCUUGACAAGCCAAAUAAAUCUACCCUGUCUGGGACUAUAGCAUCCCCUCAGAGACUCCAGUCCCCAAGGCGACGGAGGCCUUCAGAAGACAGCAAGCAACUCAAAACGCAACCUAAAUCCAUCAUCAUCCCUUCUGACAGUUCAGAACCUUCAGCUGUUCCUACAGCUAAGGACUUUCUAGAACAAAUCCAUCUGCCGACAGACAGUGGCAAAGAAUUGGAAAGCACUUCAGGCAGUCAAGUUGAAGAAGUUCCUUCAAGACUACCGGAUAAAGUCCCCCCCUCUCUCCCAGACAAAGAAGCUAUUGAGAUAUCAAAGAAAGCCAAGAAUCUAGUGUCAUCUAAGACUGGGCUUUCACUGUCACAACCAGCGUUCUCCUUGAGUAGGCUCCUGAAUGACCCAUCAGACUUACAGAGGAUAGCAAAGGCCCAAAAACUCAGAGAGUUGCUCAAACAGGAGAUGCACAAAGAAAAGAGAAUCAAGAGAGCUAAGGCACGUGUAAAGGAAUAUACCCUAGAUCCUGCCAAAAUGACCAUGAGGGACCUUAUCCGUUAUCUACCACUGUCUAACCCCAUGACAUCUAGUUUAGAAGACGCAACUCGAGAGAAUGAGGCGGUGGUCCCACCUUCUCCAGUAAGAGAAGAUUCCCCAGAGAGAGCACAGGAACCUGUGGUCCUCCCUAAAAUAGCAAGCCCGAGGGACGAGGCAGAGGCAGCGGCAGAGGCUGAGGCGGAGGAAGAUGCUGAUGCAGAGGAAGAGCAGGAUGAUGCCGUAAUGGUUCCUCAAGUCAAAGUAGCAGAGGAUGGCUCACUGAUCAUUGAUGAAGAAAGCUUGACAGUGGAAGUCCAGCGAGCCAAAGGGCCAAACCCAGCACAGGAUCGAGACCCUAUCUUUGAGCGUGGCUCCACUACAACUUACUCGAGCUUCAGGAAAGGGACCUAUUCGAAACCCUGGUCCAGUGAAGAGACAGACAUGUUCUUCUUGGCAAUUAGCAUGGUGGGGACAGACUUUUCCAUGAUUUGUCAGCUGUUUCCUCACAGAGCUCGAUCAGAGAUAAAGAACAAAUUUAAAAAAGAAGAGCGAGAGAAUGCCUGGAGGAUUGACAAAGCUUUCAAAGAGAGGCGCAAACUGGACAUAGAGUAUUUUUCUAAGCUGCUAGAGAAGAUUCUGGAAGUUCAAAAAACCCGGAAGAAACUAAAGUCACUUGCUGAGAAGAAAUCUCCCAAGAAGAAAGAAAAUAAAAAGACAAAGGGCAAAAAAGCUUCAAGGAAGCUGAGUGUCGUGGAGGAAGGAGAUGAGGAAGAGCAGAAUGAAAUUCCUGACUUGGAGGAGGAGGGAGAGAAAGAGAAUGACGACCUCUGUAAUGAGGGAGGAACCACUGUUGCUAAACCUCAGAAGAAACGUAAAAGAAAGAAUAAACUGGAUGCUUCGACUAAGGAACCAAAUGACAAGAAAAAUAAAACUGGUGAAAAUGAACAAGAUGAGGCCUACAUACCCGGAGACACUGAGGCAGCACUUCCUGAGGACUGUCCAAAAUCAGACAUGUCUGAAAAGACUGACAAUGUGAAUGAGUCCAAGGACAACACUAUCAAGCCAGCUAAACUCUCCCGAGGCAGAGCACCAAAACCACUACUGCUUUUGGGCCGGAAGUGGGGUAAAAAGCCCCCAUCACCCUCCACAAAGACCAAUGCUACAGCAUCAGAUAAAGAGGAUGAGAGUGAGAUUGAUGGGGCCUCUAAAGAGCAGGUAAAUAAAGAUCCAUCACCCUUAAAGCAAGCCACUAAGAGGAAGUCAGCCAAUGAUGACAUUUCCUCUGGUGAAGAGGAUGUCACCGUUAAACCUCCGAGACCUACCAGGUAUGGGAGAGUGCCUAAACCCACCAAGCCCUUGAAUUACCCUGGGAAAGAGGCUACACACUCAUCUGAAACCACUCCUGCCUCACCAGCUGGGUCCACUGCUUCUGCUCCCAUGCCUAAACCCAAAUGCACAGCUAAGAGGGGACGAUCAUCAAAGCUACAACCAGCCCAAGAGUCCAAAAAGCCUAAACUAGUCACCCUCCGGGCUUCUCAGUCAGAAUACAGUGAUGAGGAGGAUGAAAAGCAGCAAGAAGAGGAAGAGGUGGAGGAGGAGCACACUGCAUGUAACUCCAGUAAUGACAGCACUGCCCCUGUGUUUGUGCCUGCCAGCCUGCGCUCCCCACAUCCUGUGAUUUCAGAAGUGGAAGAGACAAUGGAGGAGCUUGAUAUCUUGGCCAAUAUGCCUGAUGUGUUGGGCAUCUCCCAAGAUGUACUGUGCCGUGAUGCCUUUUGCGAGCGGGCACAAAAUGAGAUAGGCACAGCUGAACCCUGUGAACAUCAGCUGGAUCUGCUUGUUGAUGUUAUCGACUUCCUUUCUGUAGAAAACACAGAAGUAUCUGAUGAUGAGAGCUACAACGAGGCUGCUCAAACCCUGUUGACCAUCGGCAACCUGGCUCACCUCUCUCAGUCAGCACAGAAUCAAAUAGCCACUCAAGAUGACAUAAAAGGGACAACACCAGUCAGUGUGAAUGAAACCAGCCAACACCUGGAAGAAGAGAUUGCCUGCUGCUCAAAGCCUUCUGCACAGGAGGAAAACAGUGCCACUCUUAUGUCUGCAACUUCUGUUCAUGGAGGCCCAGAAACUGUUACCACUGUGGAGCUACAAAACUGCACAACAGACACUGAUGCCAUCCCUGUUAUUAAAUCCAGUGUUCAGAGGACAGGUUCUGAUACGGACCCUACCCCUCAAUUGCAAUUAAGUCAAGAGAGCUCAAAGACAAAUUCUCCACAAACCAGAAGAGGACGCUUAACCAAGGUAAAACCAAAACCUAACCUAGGCCAAUCCUCAAGAACUGCUCAGUCAAAAUCCCAACCACAGACUUCAACAGAAAGGACACCUGAAGAGAGCCACACAGUAGCUCUUGACCUUUUUCAAGCCACUGAGACACUAUCCGCUGCAGAGGAAAUCCCUAAAAUAGCAGACUGUAGUAAAAAAAAUUUAAAUGUUGAAAUUUCUCAUAUUGAAGUCAAACAUACAUCUGCAUCUACAGAUGAAGUAAUUAUUUCUCAUGUUGGGACAACUGAGAGUAGCUGUAAUAAUCAGGUGACAUCUGACUCACAGACUCACACAGCAGUCACAGAAUCACAGAUUGGACAAUGGUCAAACAACCCAGUCAAAGAGAGCAGCGACCAUUCUGCACCGGUAGAAGAGUUACCUGUCAGUCAGAAAGAAGAAAGUGAAGUCGCAUCUACUAGCCAGACCAGGAAGAGUCGAUUCCAGAAAGUCAGACCCAAUCUCAACCUAUCACAGACGUCAAGGACUGUACGUUGUAAACCUCAAACCACAAAAGAAAAUGUAGAGAAAGACUCCAACCCAACUCCAAACCCCAAAUUCUAUGAAAAAUCAAUAGCAGAGGUUGAAGCGGAGCCAACUUGCAUCACCUCUCCUGAAAAACCAAGAUUAAGUCCUGAUCCCGCUUCAGAUUUUAUACCAUCAAUGCAUUUAGGGUCUACUCUUACACCCACAGAGGAACUGUCUACAACUGAGGAGAAAAAGACAGAUGUUGGAGUUGUUUGUCAGGUUGAAUCCGAUACAGCAACAUCAGAUCAAAGUGCCUCAGAAAACCAGAACCUCUCUGAAGCUCAGUUUGAACCCAGGAGGGAACAGGCCUCCAGAGACACAAUGCUAAAAUCUGAGUCCAUAGAUGAAGUACUUAUGUCUCAUGUUGGGACAACAGAAAGUAGUUGUAAUAAUCCGCUUACAUCUGACUCAGCAGUCACAGAAUCGCAGAUUGGACAAGAGUCAAACAUAGACUCUGCCCCAGUCCAAGAGAGCAGCAACUAUCCUGCUUCAUAUGUUACACGUGUAGAAGAGUUACCUGUCAGUCAGAAAGAAGAUAGAGAAGUCGCAUCUACUAGCCAGACCAAAAAGAGUCGAUUCCAGAAAGUAAAACCCAAUCUCAACCUAGCACAGACACCAAGGGCUGUACGUUCUAAACUUCAAACAACAAAAGGCAUCGGCGAGAAAGACUCCAACGCAACUCUAAAAACGAUGGCAAAGUAUGAAGCAGAGCCAACUUGCAUCACCUCUCCUGAAAAACCAAGUCACAGUCCCUGUACUGCUUCUACUUUUACACCCACAGAGGAACUGUCUACAACUGAUGCAAAAAAGAGAGACAUUGGAGUUGUUGGUCAGUUAGAAUCAGGUGCAACAACAUCACAUCAGACUCCCACAGAAAACCAGAACCUUUCUAAAGCCCCUUUUGAACCCAGUAAGGAACAGGCCACCAGAGAUUCAACGCAAACAUUGGAGUCCAAAGAUGAAAAACUGUCUCAUGUUGGGACAACUGAGAGUAGCUGUAAUAAUCCGCUGACAUCUGACUCCGCAGUCACAGAAUCCCAAGUUGGACAAGGGUCAAACAUAGACUCUGUCCAAGAUAGCAGCGACCAUCCUGCUCCAUGUGUUCGACCUGUAGAAGAGUUACCUGCCAGUCAGAAAGAAAAGAGUAAAGUCGUAUCUACUUGCCGGGCUAUAAGAGGCUUAUUACAAAAAGUCAAACCCAUCUUACCACAGACAUCAAGAACUGUGCGGUCUAAGGCCCAAACCACAAAAGACCCUUUCACUCCCUUGCAACUCCCGGAGAUACACUCGAGCCCUACUUUAACGUCUGAAUCCACUGACAAGAUAAAAGCAGAGGUAGAAGCACAACCAACUUGCAGUAUCACCCCUCCUGAAAAACCAAGCCAGCUUAAAAGUACUGGCUCUCUCUUAGUGUCAGUACCAUCAUUGGAAUUAUGUUCUACUCAUAAAAGCACAGAGGAAUUAUGUUCAACUGAGGAGCAAAAGAUAGAUGUUGGAUGCAGACUAGACUCCAAGUCAGAGGGCUCAGAACAAAAUGUUCCUCAAAGAAGUCGACGCUUUCCAAAGGUCAAACACAAACCCAAUUUAGGAUCCGCUCCUCGAACUACAUUCACAAAACUGCCGUUAAAAGAGGUCAGUAAACCCUCAGAACCGUGCCAUAUGGACACUUCUUUAACCUUUGAACAACGGCCUGAGGACAAUAACAAUGCACAAACAGAACUGGAACUCGCAGAGACAGACAGCAGGACAUCAACACAUUGUUCAUUACAUACAGAACCUCUCAGCUCAACAAUGUUGGAAGGACCUGCUGAGUCAGAGUAUCGGUCUGUGUUGACAAACACAGUUCUGACUCAAAGUAGUGAAAAAGCCACAGUUGAAGGAGAAACCACAGGGGGCAAAACGUCAAAUAAUGAUGUGGUGGCUGGACCUGCUUCACAAUGGGACCGCAAACAGGGCAUGUCCAUUAGAGAUACAAAUACCCAACCAACCGAUGAUCCAACUGCCGUUUCAGAUGUCCAUACUUCAGAAGAUGGUUCAACAGAGUCAAAAAUUGAAUUUAAACCCCUGACUAACACACAGUCCACAUCAUAUCCAAAAAUAAGCACUCAGCAGCCACGUUCAGAGAAUGACUCUGAGACGCAAAGUCAAGAUGCAGUCCAACAUUAUUCUGAAACCACGGAAACUAAUCAAACAGCUGCCCAAAGGACUGAUGAUAAUCAGUCAACGCCAACUGACUCUCCCUCAAGAACAGCUCCCCAGACUUGUAGAGGCCAGCUUAUUAAACCAAAACCCAACCUGGGACGCAGCAGCCGACCUGCACACCAUCAACAAAUCCAGAAAACAAAACAAGCAGAAGCAGAUUUUGGUACUUGCUCAGAGGGCGUGGAUUCUUCGGUUUGCCACAAACUUGUGUCUGAACGUCGACCUGACAUCCAGGAACCAGUAGAGGGAGCGAUUGAACAGUGUAGUAACCAAAAUCCCUCUCCAAGUGAUGCUGGGUCUUCGCUGGGCUGCUUGACACAAGUUAUUGAGCAACUGAGUCAAGAUGACCCCCCUCCAAAUGUUGCUGGAUCCUCUCUGGGUUGUGUAGAAAAUGUUACUCAGGAUGCAUCAACAUCAAGUACAGGAGGGACUAAAAGUCAUUCAAGUCUCAAUACAAUAUUGCCAGACAUGCUGUUGCAGCAGGAGCCUUUAGAUGCAGAUGAGCAGUUCUUCAUCCUCUCUCUGACUGAGAUCCCAGUCUGCUCAUUAGGGGAGGUUGUGGACAGUGUGCCUGAGCCCCUCCCUUAUCUUGCUGUAACAGAUGCGUCAGUAGAGCAACAGAGUGUUCCCGCAGAGAGUUUGGCAGCAGCUGGCGACGGGCUCCUGUCUAAUGUCGCUGUGCCUGUGUUCAUGGGGGACAGUGGUGAGACAGGCCUCAUCAAUGCAAUAGAUAUUGGGCCUGACCCAGCUGCAGAUAUAGGUUCGAUCAUGGAGAAUCCAGUGGAUCCACAUGAAGUGACUGCAGAGAAAAAUGAUGAGACUGAAAUUCCCCCUGCAAAGCAGAGACUAAUGGACACUCAUAGAAGAGAACCAGCCAAACUGCAGGUUAAGCCCAAUACUACCAAGAGGAAACAAGCCAGCAAGACCCUCGCUGCCAAGGAAGCAGAGUCGAUCACCAUUCAGACAAACACCACUCAGCACUCAGAGCUUCCUGGGCUUUCUGUGCAGCCAAACGUCUUUGAUGACGAUGUUACUGAAUCACAGAAAGGAAGUGAUGAUCAUGUGGACGUUAAAAAGGAGACUCUGACAGGUGGUGAGGACCCUGAGGAUAGCAGCUCAGGAGCACAAACUACAAGGACUAGGCGGGCUAGUAGUCGGAAUAGAGAAGCCAAAGGCUCCCUUUCCCUAACUUCUGAGACGAACAAUGCUGCCCCUGCAAGCGAUUCUCCACCUGGUAAAGAGGCUCCCAAGGGCCGUAAGGUCAAAACUCCACGUGCAGCAGGAAAACCAUCUACCCCAGCACCUGGUGCCUCAACAUCGUAUGAUGUCGCUCCCACAUUCAGUCAAACACAGCCGACCCAGGAAACCCGCUCAACAUCUUCUACCACAUCACCAACACAAACAGAAGUGGACGCUGAACAGACUUCUGAGCACAGCCCACUAUGCUCAGACACAACUCGUAGCACUUCUCUGUGUCCUGCUGAGGUCUCAGCUUCUCAGCAGAGUGUGGAGAGCAGCUCUAUAGAGGAGGAGCCCACCAUUGUGUCUCAGUACUUCUUAAGUGACAUUUUACAGAAGUGA